AUGAAGCAAUCUGAUCUGGAAGCGAAGCGGCAAGCAGCCGCAUAUACUUCAGACGUUGGAAGUUCGCUCGAGGAUAGCGAGGAAAGCGAACAUGACCCUGACCAUGAAUUCGACGUCGACGACAUCAUUGCGGGGCGAAUGCACGAGGACGAUGGUCGCGACGUGUUGCAGUAUCUGGUCAAGUUCACCGACUACCCAAUUUACGAAUGCAAGUGGUUGGAACAAAGCGAACUCAACUGCAAGGAGGUCUUUGAGAGAUGGAGGAACAAGCGCAAAGACAUGACCAGAGCAGAACAGGAAGAGCUGAGCAUACAAAAAGAUAAAGAGGUUAAAGAAGCCAAAGAAAGAGUUACUGCUGCCAAAGAACGCCGGCACCAGAAGCGGGCCAAAUUGAAAGAGGAAGCCGCACGGAAACAGGAAGAGUCGCUCAAAAAGAAAGGAGUGGCAAGAAAGAAAGCGCCAUCAACUCGCGGUCUUGCAACCCCUGCUAAGAACAAGGGCAAACAGACCGUCUCAUCUGAGAGGAAGAGGCGGGUUGUACUGAGCUCAGAUGACGAAUCUUUCGUAGCACCCUCAGACAAUGAGUCUGAAACUUCAUCCUCUGACAGUGAACCUUUGUUCGAAAGACAGGCAAGAUUAAAGGCUCAACCAAACCGAACUGAGCACGCAGGCAGUGCCAAAGCGGUGUCACGAGCAUCGUCUCCACAGAAAAGGCGAAAAUCGUUUGCAGGUGUCAGCUCUUUGGCCAAUGAACCCAGCACAGAAGCCGCGCCUUCAGCAGCUACUACACGCAGGCCAUCUAUACCCACGGGACCAUUAGUAACCAAUGAACAGAGCGGUCCCCGGGCUCCAGGCGCUAUUAAGCUGGUCAACGAGCCAAAGCAACAUCAAAGAAAAGCGUGGGAUACACACGGUCAUCAUUUCAAAACGCUUCAUUAUAGAGCGGUGGCGGAAAAGCGCAGCCGCGCAGAAGGGACUCCAGACAUUAACGAACUGGAGUUUGUGAACGGUGCUCCAGCAGGGAUUCCCGCGAAGUCUGGAGAUACUACGUCCCGUACACUCGCACGUGACAACCCAUACGGACGCCGCGAGCCAGGUCAACGCCGUUUGGCGGAGAUCGAGCCGGACGAUGAGCCCGAGCGUAUUGUCCCCACCACUAGAAUUGAGUUACAAUCGUACGAACAGGGUAAGAUCCCGAUGACAUGCUUUGACUGGAAGAAUGGCAAUGCAUGUCGACUUACAGCAGAACGAUGUCGAUUUCUCCACCGCGAGUGGGGUCAGGAUGGAAAACCGCUUCCGGUUACGACCUGGGAUGGCAAAGUACCACCUAAAUAUCGAGAUCCUCCGGAAAUGUGCUGGUUCUGGUUCUGCGAAGGCAGUUGCGCGCACCCUGACGACGAGUGCAUAUAUGCCCACAAGAAUACAGGCCAUCUUUCGAUGCGUGAUCACAGAACAAGGCCUGUUGAUCCUCACAUAGAGAAUGGAAGCACGGCAGCUCGAAAGAUUGGCGGAGCAGGCAACUACCCCGAUGUCACUUGCUGGAACUGGCUCAUGGACACCAAGGGGUGCUAUAAGAGUUCUGAUCAGUGCAGCUUUGCGCACAGGAACACGGGUCUACUUGGAAACACGAUCGGAGCAGACUUUAAGCCGAUCGAUCCCGAACAAGCACCUGUUCAUGCUCGAUCCUUUCCUAAGUUUCAAGACCCGCCUCAAACAUGCUUCUUCUGGUUACGUACGAUUAAGGGCUGCGGUAAGAGCGCAGACGAUUGCAAGUAUGCCCAUGAAAACACAGGAUGGUUGGCCGAUACAAAACUCGGGCUUUGCGAGAUUGAUCGCAAUGAGAAACCUAAAUUCCUAGCAGCCCUUCGUCGCCCUUCAUCCCCAACAGGUCCCAUUCCUACCAAUGCAACACCCCAAAGACACAUUCCAAAGCAUUUUAAGACCUGUUUUUUCUGGAACGAGUACAGGUGCCGGCUAUCGGAAGAAGAGUGCCACAACCUACACUGUUAUACAGGCGUUGUGGUCGACCCACCCUCAAACUGGAUAUUCAAAGGUGGAUGGCGACCACAUUUCCGCGAUGAACCAGUUUCGGCACAAGUUCAGAAGCCUAGCUUGAUGGAUAUCGAUGAGCAUCCUUUGACACACUUCGACAGCUCCGAACCUAUGCAAGUGGACGAGCCUGCUGACGAAGCGAGACGCGAGUCGACCUCUCAAUGCGUGAACAUGAGAGACGAUGGUAACAAAUUCACUGGGCCUGCGCAUCCUCCUAUCGAAGAGUCGUUGUCCCUUCUGCCUCAGGAAGAUAAUGAUCGCAUCAUGACGAUUCCCGAUAUUCAACCAGUUGACAUGAGCCGCAGUAUCGGGGAGAUUAUGCAACUCGACGUGGACGAAAUGUUUAGGUGUAACGGAGACCAACAUGAAGAUGUCAUAGCAAGCUCUAAUGCUCUUCUUCUCUACGACCCGAACGAACAUCUGGAAGAGCUCGCCUUAAUCGAACGGUGGCUAGCGAUGCACUCCGUGAACAUUUUCAGCAGCCUACACAUGGGUCUUAGUGCAGCAUGGGAUACAUUCAAACAGCUGAUUUUGGACGGAGGAAGCGGUAUCAUAAUCGCUGCUCCUGAUUUCGAAGGCUAUGCCAGCUUGCCAGGUUUUGGAGACGUGCUAAGAGGCACGGUCCGCUUGUGGUCAGUUGGAACCCAAGGAGGAAUCGGUCACAGCAUCUGGGACCCCAAAGCCUCAUCGGAAACCCAUUCCGACCGUUUUGCUAUAUUCCCACAUGGUGGCAUCAUAUAUAUUACGGACGACGUGUUCGAGAAGAGGCCACAGCUGGCGUUGAGCAUUUUCGAGCAAUUCUUCACCAAGAUUGAAGCAGGCAGAAAGGUUGAUAGUAAUGUCAUCCCGGGGAUGUAUAUCAAUGACGGACUAUUGCUUUGGCGAGUCGGGGCACGGCCAGAGUUGGUGAAGUGGAUCGGUGACAUCUGCAUGAAUCACCAAGCGGAGAUUGAAGAGGGAGAUCCGGACUAUCUCAGUCUCGAGAAGCUAUACGUUCUCCUGCAAGACAGCGGAUGUUGUGAGCCCGACGGUACCUUCGACCAUCCUGAAGACAACCGACGUUUGGACUUCUUCCCAAUCAUCUCCAUGCGCCAGAGCCUUGCCGAAGACAUCGGCCUAUACUACGAGGCGCGUACGCGCUCCCAACAUGAAGCCAACACGGACAUGGCGCACCAUUACUCAGGCCUCGUGGUGAUAGAGCGCCGAAAUUACCGCCACUACUUCGUCGUGCACACCAACCCGGAAAUGGUAGACUGGAAGGAAACGAUCACGAACAUCGACGAGGUCAUCACACCUGAGAAAUGCAUUGAGUAUUUUGAGCAGGAGCCGAAGGGAAGCAAAUUCGAUAAUUACGAGUGGGCGUAUCCGGAGAAGAGAGCUGAUAGUGUCACUGCUCCAUUGCCAGAUAGCUCACUUCAGACAGGAUAUCUGCCUAGGGAGAAUCAAUCAGAACAAUCAUCACCUGGGAUGUCAUCCCGACAGAUCUCGGAGAACAUGUAA